CGUGAAAGCAAUUGUGGUAUUUUAAUUUCAAGGUUACUUUUACCAGACAUGUGUUUGAUAUGAAUGGUUCCCUAUAUGAGGAUUCUGAUGACGAGUACUACGAUUGCCAGACAGAAGCUCGCUUCUAUGCUGUAGCUUCUCCUAGAGACAAGGGUCACGGUGAAGUUUUCGUCGACCCAAAAAAGGCUUAUUUGAAACUACGUGGAAUCAAGGGUGCCAGACUUAAACUAUUUAACAAUCAUAUUGAUGCUAACAAGUAUGCAGAUACACCAGUUGAUGAUGACAAACUCAUCAAUCCAUAUCCUGCCUCACCCAAACCUGACAUUGAAAGUAGCCCGUAUCCUAAUGUUACUCAGCAAACUUUGAUACGCUUCCGUUCUUUGAUUAGCAGUGGUGAUGUCCAAAGUGUUCAACGAAUGGUUGACGAAAACCCGAUGGUUUUAGUUACCUCGUGUGAUACUCCCACAAUAUUGCAAAUACGUUUUCGAUACAAUGCAUUUCAUGUGAUUGCUUCAAAUGGCAAUGUAGCCUUACUUCAUCUUCUAUUGAAUUAUUUUGAUUCUGAUGCCUUCUGGGAACGUAUUUAUCCUAAUGUUAGUAAACAAGCAUCUUAUUGGAGGCAACAGUAUGUUUUAGAUUUAUACUUGAAUAGUCCUGAACUUGGAAAUUAUGAAACUCCUUUACACUUUGCUAGUAAACAUGGACACAUUGAAUGUGUUGCAGUUCUAGCACGUCAUCCUUUAACAAAAAUUAAUCCACUCAAUGGGUCAGGUCAAACACCAGCCGACUUAGCUGCAAGUCGUUUAAUGAAUACGAGAGGAAAAUCCCAGUCGGAUGUAAACAAUUUCAAUGAGAUAGCUGAGAAAAUACGACAAAUUUUAGACGAAAGUUAUAUUGCUCUCGUAGAUAUAGAAAAUUCAGGAUCAAGUAUAAUACAGACAAAAAUUUUACCACCCUUAGAUACACGUAAAUUUCAAGCCUUACUUUGUCAAUGUGGUAUUACAUCGAAUGCGUGUAGAACAUUUACCAGCAUAACUUCAGUAAAACCAUAUCCGACAGCACAAAACAACAACUCCGCGUCAUCAAAACAGACUAGUGACUUGUAUGAGAACAGUGCUCUGCAAAGACAAUCAAUACUUGAUGAAUAUGACGGUCAACUGAAACGACUACGAGGUUUUUCAGGACCAAUGCCAUCGAAUACAGCUGUUGAAUUACGAAAGAAAUGGAUUCAAUAUAACAUGCCCAAUGCUAUUGACUGUAAGGCUUUUUCACGUCUACGCUUAAUUGAUGCUGAAAGAGGAUAUGAACGUCAAGGAAGAUAUCUGUCUCGUCUAUUCGGAACCCAAUGGUAUGAAUAUUGGGAGUUUUUAGACGAUUUUAUUGAUUUAAACACUGAGAAGGGCUUGUCUGCUUUAGAAGAUUAUUUAUCUAACCAUGAAUUAUUGAAAAAUAAAUACUCUUCAACAUUGAACAAUUGUAACGUGGAUGCUUUGAAUCCCACUAAUCAAAAUUAUAAUGGAUCAAAUAAUUGCAAUGCCAUUGAUGAAAUCAAUUAUUCACUGUCGCCUACAUCUACUCCACUUUUUAGUCAAAAUAAUCAAGAUGAUGAUGACAAUGAUGAUGUAUUUCCGUGUGGAACACCAAUAAGGCGAUCCACAGCAAGUGUAAAUAAUACUGCUGUUAAAUCAAAUAUCGAUUUAAAUAAUAAUGAACGUUGGUUAUCUUAUCGACAAAAAAGAGGAUGUAUACAUGAUUUAAAUGACAGUUUAGAAGAAAGUACAGAUCAAUCAAAUUCAAGUAUUCUAUCACAUGAAGAAACAUCAGAUAGCGAUGAACCGAUACCCAGAAAAGUAACAGAAAGUCCUAUUGUUGGACUAUUGAAACGUUUAACUUUUCUAAGUCCACUUCAUUGGUUAAAAUCAACAUCCAAAAGAGGAGGAGGAGGAGACGAAAACACUCAGACAUCUUUAGAUAAGUCAAUUACAUCUGAAAAUAACACAUCUACAAAGCAGGAACUUGUUAACAAUAAACCUUCUAAAUCUGGACUAACAAACAAGCGUAGAAUAUCAGCAACAAGCAUCCAACGUUCACAUUCUUCCACAGAUGAACCUGAUGUGAAAAAACCUUCUCCUGAAAAGGCUAGAAGAGAUUCAAAUCGCCAAGAAAAAGAUGACGACCCGUCCGCCACCACUGCCACCGUUUGUCUACCACAUUAUUUAAUUGAUAUUUAUAGAGCGUUGCCAGGAAAUGAAAAUGAAUUAAACAGCUUUAAUCCACCGAAUUUAUCAUCAUUUGAAAAGAAGAAGAACCCUUCUUCAUCGUCAUCACUUUCACCUUGCCCCCAACCACAACCGGCAUCCACAGCUGCUGCUGCUUCUGCUGCUCUUGACAUAUCGAAAUAUCCUAACUGUUCCCAAUUGAAUGAAUAUAUACAUGCUCAAUUAUAUAAAACUUCAGUUAAAUCAUAACUUGCUUGCUAAUCUCUUAUGAUUAUUUUUUAUUCAAAACGCGUUAUAUUAUUAUAAAAGUAUAAUAAUAUCAUUCAAAGAUUAUUUAUUUUAUAUAUGUAAACACAAAGAUACUGUCUAUAUGUACACAAUUUUCAUAUGUUUAUACCUAAAUCACAUAUACAUUUAUAUAUAUAUAUAUAUACAUUUUUUGCUGGUUUGUUUAUUUGUUUAUCUGUCUUAUUAUUCAUUAUUCCUUCAAAAUUCUUCAACGUCGAUGAAUUCUUAAUAAAACGAAUGCUUCAUAUGAAUGAAAUAACAAAUGGGUUCUUACACGCCAUACAAGAUCGAAUAAGAAAAUCAUCACUUCAUGCAGUUGACUGUUACGUGAGAAAAUCAUUUAUUGGUGUUUAACUCUUGGUGUGUGUGUUUCCUCCCACAGAAUAUGCUUCUAAAAAAUGUAUAAAUAUAAAAGUUAAAUGGGAUAACUAUAAAAAGUUUAUUUAUCACAUAAAUUAUCUAAAGGUAUCUAUCCCCUAGUGACGUAACGGAAACUUAUUUAGAAUAAAGCGAAGAACAAUGAGAUGUUUUGUGCAGAAUAAAAUGGGAUCAUCAUUGGUUAUUUCAUUGGCUUCUCAUCAGCUGCGUGCAUAGUUUAAGAAGAAAUUAAUUAAU